GACGUCGUCUUCAGCACAAAGCAUGCCUUCUAAACUACUUUUUCGUCAGUUAUUUGAGAAGGAGUCAUCUACCUAUACUUACCUUCUUGCUGAUGCUUUGCAUCCUGAAAAACCAGCACUGCUGAUUGACCCGGUGGACAAAACAGUGGAUCGUGAUCUUGCACUUGUUAAAGAAUUAGGUUUGAAGCUUGUAUAUGCUAUAAACACACAUGUACAUGCCGAUCAUGUUACUGGCACUGGCUUGAUUAAGACUAAGGUGCCUGAUGUGAAAUCAAUCAUUUCUAAAGCAAGUAAUGCAAAAGCCGAUCUUUUUGUGGAACCUGGUGAUAAAAUCUAUUUUGGUGAUAUUUUUCUGGAGGUUCGUGCAACUCCUGGUCAUACAUUGGGCUGUGUCACCUAUGUUACAGGAGAUGGACCCAAUCAGCUUCAGCCAAGGAUGGCAUUUACUGGUGAUGCUCUUCUGAUACGGGGAUGUGGACGAACAGACUUUCAGGGUGGAAGUUCGGACAAAUUAUAUGAUUCUGUUCAUUCACAGAUUUUCACAUUGCCAAAAGACACAUUGGUAUAUCCUGCUCAUGACUACAAGGGGUUCACCGUUAGCACUGUGGGGGAGGAGAUGCUGUACAAUCCACGCCUUUCAAAAGAUAAGGAAACAUUCAAAAACAUCAUGCAAAAUUUGAAUUUGUCAUAUCCAAAAAUGAUGGACGUAGCGGUUCCAUCAAACAUGGUUUGUGGAUUGCAAGAGACUUGAAAUCUUAUCUUUGAUUUGAUCCUUUCAUGGUCCCGCAGGCUGUAAAUAGAGAGCAGGAUACACACAGUUGGAAGUGAAAGCGGACUAUACUGUUGAAUAAUGUUGAAUAAUGGUUCAUCCAAUAUAUGAUUUUCCAAAAGCUUUCCUGAAAUAAUAUGAAUCUUGAGUGUUUAUAUGAUACUUCUUAAUAUGAAUAGUGAUCUUUUUUUUUCCUUUU